CAAUGGGAACGGAAUCCAAUCGCUUGGCCCUGGAAAGUACACUGUGCCACAGUUUCAUAUAAAUGACUAGGCGUUAGGUGAAAUGACGGAUUUCACUAAAAGACUACGACAUAUCCAAUAGGGAAGUACGUGCUGAAAACUACUUGUAAAAAUCUAUUUCGUUGAUUACACAUUAACAGAUGGACAGACCCAAGAAUUGUAGCAAAAAGGGAUCACAAAUUUAGAUGGUGUUUGCUAUUCGCAGUUUGUCGAUAUUGCAGAUUUGGUAGGAAAUUGCAUGUAUUGUACUAUUGUGCCAAACAAUGUUUAUUUAUAUUGCAAACCGGAAAAAAUAAAAUACAUCACAACAAGCGCCAAAAUUCUAAAAUAAGGCAGUGUAACUUUGAUGCGAGCGCAUUCAGUUAUUUUUUAUAGUAAUGGCGAGAGUAAUGGUAUAGCAGUAUCGUUUACUCAUGAUAUCCUACAAUAGGAAAAUAAUAGGUGUGGAACAAAAAAUUUGAUUUAAAUGGAAACUACUACUAGUUGUAAUUGGCCAGUUAUGUGAUUGGUAUCUGUGAAAUAUACGUGUGUGCCCCACCACAUUUGAAUCUUGCUCAAUCACUUAUGGCCAUAUGCACCGUUUUUUACCUAAGCUGAGCUUGUGUAAGCUCGCUUAAAUCCUUAAGCCUUACUUGGAUGUGAUUUGUAUGCACCACAGAAAAUUAAUCUAAGCUUCGUUAAGCGUUAAAUAUAUUUGACAACAUUGCGUAUUUGUGCUUUUUAACCUCACUAUUUUUCACAUGUUUAUAAGUUAUACGACCUUUUGUAUUUUUAACGUGUGUGCAAAGUAUAAUUUUACGAGUUCGCUAAUUAUUAACAAAUCAUGAGCAAAGAAAAAAUUAGGGUGGCAAACUUUUCUAGUGCAGAGAAACUGCUUCUGUUAACGAUAAUUUCAGAAAAAUAUAGUAAAAUACUAGAAGACAAAAAAACUGACCGCAUGUCUGUCUCUCAAAAAGAGCAGGCAUGGUCACAAAUCGAAAUAGACUUUAAUGCUUCGUCUACUACAACGUUCCGAAACGCAUCCUGUCUAAAGAAGUGUUACGAAAACAGGAAGAAAGAACUGCGUAAAACUGUAGCCAAUCAUAAACGAGACGUCUUAUUAACUGGUGGUGGGCCACCACCUAAGAAAAAGAAAGACGAUGACGAAACAUUGAUUGAUGAUAUACUGACAUCAAUCAUGAAUGAAAAGACUUUGGUAGGACUACAAAACCCAUUUGAUGACGAUGUUGAUGAAAACGCAAUCCCACAACGUAAUACUCAACAAUUCGAUACAGAUACUGAGUUUGUGUUGGAGGUUGGCAGUGAAUAUUAUGCUGAUAACAACACUUCACAAAUUCAGACUGCACAGGGCGUCAUGCCAGCAUCCAACGUUAUGAAUUGGAAAAGGAGUACUCCAAAUCAAUUAAAACAACCAAUAAGUGCAACACUUUGUGCCAUUGCAAAAGAUGAACAAAUGGCACCACAACUAGACAUCACCACACCUAAUAGCUCUAAAGCGCGAACACCAAAACAGUGUAGCAGAAGAAGACCAACAAUCGUCGUGAAAACGCUAACAUCGUCUGACAUUGCUAAGAAAUACAAUAUAUUACUUGAUAAACGAAUUUCUUUAUUGGAUGCACAACAUAAACAUAUGGAAAAAGAAAAUGAAUUAAUUCUCAAAAAGCAUCAACUAGAAAUUGCUUUGUUAACUAGGAAAUUGAAAAGAGAUGAAGAGCUUGACACUGAAAAUUAAUACAUACAUCGCACAAGUAUUUAUCGUGACAGGGAUUCACUCAGCUAACACUCAUUGUGGGAAAGUGCAAUAGCAGCUGUCAGCAAUCAAAGUGUCAGG